GACAAUGUGCACUUUAACCACGUGAUUUUUUUUCUAUUACAAAUCUCAAAUUGUGGGGCUCAGAGGCAAAUAAAUAAAUGAUGUGUUUUUGCCCCAAACAUUAUGAGCAAACAUUAAGCACAGGAUAUGUUUCUGCUGAAAUAAAAAAGCCACAGCCUGCUAUCAUGUGUUUAAUCAACUGGGCUCUGAUCUUCGUUUGCGGUUUGCACACAGUUAAGAGUUCAUGACUGUUCCACCACUUCCACAUCCGAGUCUGCUGGCUAUUGUUCAUCUCCCCGCCUGUUGGCACAGAAUAAGGACACACAGAAUGAAGCUGCCGCCACUCCAGGCCCUGGUAUGGUUCACGUUGAUCAGUUUUGCCACAAACUGCGGCGCCGGUGGAAAAAUCGAAUCAGAAUGCAGAAAGAAGAGCCGAAAAUUUGCCAUUGUUCAGGUCCACAACCCAGUUACCAACCAGACCUACAACACCUUCAACGACUCUGCGAUGGUGCACCUUAGAGGUAAAGUCACCACGGUGGUGAUACCUUCCUUUUUCGUGGUAGUCUUCGCAAUCGGUCUCCCGGCCAACGGGCUGGCUCUGUGGAUCCUCGCCACCAGAGUCAAGCGGCUCCCCAGCACCCUCCUACUCAUGAACCUGGCCGUAGCCGACCUGCUGGUGCUCCUCGGCCUCCCUUGGAGAAUCGCCUACCACCUGCUGGGCAACGACUGGCCGUUCGGCGAAGUCUUCUGCCGCGUCUCCAGCGCCAUCCUCUACGGCAACGUCUACAGCUCCAUCUUGUUCCUGACCUGCAUCGGUGCCGACCGGUACCUGGCCAUCGUCCACCCCUUCUUCUCGAAGGAGGUCCGCAAUAAGAGGAACGCCCUCUGCCUGUGCGGGGCCGUCUGGUUGCUGCUGGUCCUUGGCAUGGUCCCUCUCUACACCACCCAGCUGUCACAUCGGAUCCACACUCUCAACAUCACCACAUGCUACGAUAGCUUACCACUGGAGCAGCUGACGGCCCAUUACCCCUAUCUCAUCGGCACGGUGGUGCUCGGCUUCAUGGCCCCCUGUCUAAUCGUUGUCUUCUGUUACGUCUCUAUCAUCGCCACGUUGCUUAUGAAUGAACAGAGGUACGGCCACGCAGUUGUGGCCACUCUGCUGGUCCUGCUGGUCUUCCUGGUGUGUCUGGUCCCCUAUAACGUCGCCCUGCUGGUCCAGAGCUACAACAGGAGCAGCGAUGUCUAUUAUUACGCCAUGAUCUGCCUGGUGGUUAGCACCUUCAGCAACUGCAUCGACCCCUUCAUCUACUACUACAUCUCCGAGGAGUUUAGGAACAAAUUGAAAAGUAUGAUUUCCGCCUAUAUGAGUGAGACAGGCACUGGGAAGUCGGACCAGAGCACGGUGCGGAGCAGCACUCACUCACAGCCCAAAGCUCCGCUGCUGGUGUAGUAGGUACCGCCGGUUGGUUCUGUCGGUAAACACAGUGGCGCAGCAGUAGAGUCGAUUGCACGAGGUAAUUCACGAGUUCUCCCGAGUUUCGCCCUGAUUCGAACUCGGAGAAUGUUCGUGGAUGUCUCGUGGCGGCUCGUACGAGUAACGGUAGGUACUCGGGAAAUCCGGUAACUCGUAACAUUUUUCUCGUCCCUGCAAAAAAAUGUCCACGAGUAAAAAAAUACUCGUGAUGAAUUAAAAAAAAAAACUUUUUAUACCUACCGUUAGCAUUACGAGCCGCUACGAGACAUCCACAAACUCCUACGGACCCGCUACGAGACAUCCACGAACUCUUACGGACCCGCUAAGGACAUUCUCCGAGUUCGAAUCAGGGGAAAACUCGGGAGAACUCGUGAAUUGCCUCGUGCAGUGGGACAUGGGGCUUUACACAGCUCCAGAGACCCGGGUUCGAUACCGAUUACGGGUUCUGUCUGUGCGGAGUUUGUACCUUCUCCCCGUGAUCCGGUUUCCUCCCACACUCCAAAGCCGUUAAGGUUUGCAGGUUAAUUGGCUUUGGUGUGAAUCGUAAAUUGUAAAAUUGCCCCUAGGGUAGGAUAGUGUUAAUGUGCGAGGUCGGCUCGGUGGGCCGAAGGGCCUGUUUCCGCGCCGUGUCUCUAUUAGCUAAAGGGUCAUUUGUCAUUGUCGGAGCUACCCAGACAUUUCGGGUGUUGGUGGGAUUCAGGCUGAAGGCUAAACACAGAUGCACUGACUCCAAAAGCAUCUUCAUCUCGACUAGCACGUCCACCACCGCCAUCAUAGUGCUGAGUGAAGCUCUACCUGGAGUUUUUCAGUGUACUAGAUCCAGAACUCUGAGCUGCUGGUGGCAAAGUCCAUUAACAAGAGCUCUGGGGAGUUGCCGCCAGACGGAAGCAAACCCGUCAGUCUGCACAUCCUCCCUUGCACCCAUUCUCCCUGUGAUGUGUCUCACUGCCGGUUGCUUAUCUAAAGCAAUCUGUGUAGCUCCAUUUACACCUCAGAUUCAGAUCAGAUUCAAUCUCUAUUGUCAUUGUGCAGUGUACAGUACAGAGACAACGAAAUGCAGUAUUAGCAUCUCACCCAGAAGAGCAAACAUAGAAUAAUGAGCAGUAAUGUACAUGUAUACAUACAGUAGCAGUAGUGUAAUUUUACUGGGGGAAGGAGUGUGUGUG